AGUAUACAUACAUACUACAAAGAGCUUAUCUCACAUUCUUCCUGCUCUGCUCUUCAAGCUCAUACAACACUGCAAAACCAAAGAAAAAUGAGAGUGUCCACUGGAGCAGUUGAAGCUGCAGAAGUAAAUAUUAGGCCAAUAAACUCUGAAGUUGUUUCUCAGGAAGAAGUAUCUGGGUCAUUAGAGCAAAAGAACCUUGUUGAUUACUCAGCAGAAAGAAAGAAGUCACUGCAAGCCCGUUAUUCAUAUGGCAUUAUCUUCUUGGUAACAAAUCUUAUUGCAUGGUUUAUCCGUGACUAUGGGCAAAGGCUUUUACCUCAGCUUCAUUAUCCAAAAGCUUGUGGAACUGAGGGACAUGAUUGUUUUCGAACAUUGGGAGUUCUUCGCGUGAGUUUAGGAUGUUUUAUAUUUUUCUUUCUUAUGUUUCUUAGUACUAUUAGUACAAGGAAAUUGUUUGAAGCUCGCAAUACUUGGCAUUCCAGAUGGUGGGCAUUUAAGUUUUUCCUGUUCAUUGUAUCAGUGGCAGUUCCAUUCUUCUUGUCUUCAGAUUUUAUUCAGUUAUAUGGUGAAUUUGCUCGCAUUGGCGCAGGGGUUUUUCUCCUCCUCCAACUUGUAAGUGUCAUCCAGUUUAUCAAUUGGUGGAAUAAUUGCUGGAUGCCUGAUAAGGAAAGAAAGCAAAGCUGCUCCUUUGGGUUAUUCAUAUCAACACUUUUCUACAUUGCUUCCAUAUGUGGAAUUGUGGUGAUGUACCCAUUCUAUGCCCGAAGAACGUCAUGCACACUCAACAUAUUUUUCAUCACAUGGACCGCAAUUCUGCUAAUUGUGAUGAUGGUUGUAUCCUUGCAUUCAAAGGUCAACCGAGGUCUUUUAUCUUCAGGGAUUAUGGCUUCUUACGUUGUUUUCCUCUGUUGGUCUGCGAUCAGAAGUGAACCUGCCACUGAGAAAUGCUACACAAAAGAGCAAGUGAAUGGAAAUGGUGAUUGGACUACCAUACUUAGUUUUUUGAUGGCAAUAUGUGCAAUUGUCAUGGCAACCUUUUCGACUGGGAUUGAUUCACAGUCAUUUCAGUUUCGCAAAGAUGAAGUCCAGCAGGAGGAUGAUAUUCCUUAUAAGUACGGAUUUUUCCACCUGGUAUUCUCUUUGGGGGCCAUGUACUUUGCAAUGUUAUUUAUCAGUUGGAACCUAAAUAGCUCAGCCAGGAAGUGGAGCAUUGAUGUUGGCUGGGCAAGUACAUGGGUGAAAAUAGUCAACGAGUGGUUUGCAGCAACAUUAUACUUAUGGACCCUGAUCUCCCCUGUUGUGAUACAGAGCAAGGUCAUGGACAAUGAUGAGCCUAUGCAGCAGACAGAUGAAUCAGCUAUUCCAUGAUAUAUAUAAAAAAAGGGGCUUGCUUUAGCU